AUGCAGGGCGAACUCGAACAUCGCCACGUCAAGAGGUUUUAUGCACGGACAAACAAAAUCGGAUACGAGCUUCAAAUCGCCAAGCAUCUACGCCGCGCCGCGCUCAUGCGCGCGAUUCGGCAGCUCGAUGACUAUGUCCCGCGCCGCGAACGUCUCAGGCAAGAUCGCCUAGCUCAUAUGGCCCCGCCAUCCAUGUCGUCACGUCCGGAGCCCAGUGGACACGAUGCGGACACUCGCCCGGAUUCACCGCUCCCGCCGACCAACCCUCUCGUCCACUACGCCAUCUCGAACACUUCACGCCUCGCGCUAGGUAUGCGAAAUUGGAUCUCCAAGAAUCGUAACGACCCAGCGGCAGACAACUUUAUUCCUCUCCUCCGUGCACACCUCCUCGGUAGACUACUCGACUUGCCGCCCGGGGAAGGUGGUGGACCUGGCGUGUUCACCGAUGCACAGCUCGACCACAUUGAAGUACAAAAUGACCGCAUCUAUAGCCACAAGGUCCUGCGCAUCAACUACACGACAUAUGACAUCCGGCGUGAUCAAGACAUCAUCAAACCGACCACCCACCCCGACAUCAUGCUGCUCGCUGAUGACCCCAUCUCCGCCCACCCAUUCUGGUACGCUCGGGUCAUAGAUAUAUUCCACGCUAAUGUACGCUACACUGGUGCCGGAGCGACUCGUCUCAUGCGCGAGGGCUUGCGCAUGGAUUUCCUCUGGGUGCGAUGGUACCGCUUGGACAAUGACAACACCCCGGCCGGCUUCCAAGAAGCACGCCUGCCACGCCUUUCCUUUGUGGACGCCAACGACCUGGAUACACCCCCAUUCGGAUUUGUCAACCCAUCCGAUGUUGUCCGCGGGGCUUACCUGCUGCCCGCGUUCCACCAUGGCUUCACCGACGAGCUCCUGCUGCCUUCGCCCCUAGCUCGGCAUGCCUCCGAAAAUGAUGAAGAUUAUCGCUAUUACUAUGCCUGCAUGUAA